GCUCGGUCGGGCCAUAUUCUCGGCAGCCAGCAAGCGGCACCAGUUGUAGCGCGCGUUCAAGCGGAAACGGAAGUGCAGCGCAGCAGCCAACAGCAACAACAACAACAACAAAAACUGUGCAAACUGUUGCUUGGCUUCACGCGUGGUUUUCGGAGUGUCGCAACGCAAUUAAGACAAUUAGAAAAUUAAAUUCGGGAAAUUAAGAACAAGCGGUAUUUGCAGAAAAUUGAAGAAAUUAAAAGAAAAUUGAUUUUAAAAAAAAUGCAGCUGCCGCAGUAAAUCUACCCUCGCAGAACCACGCCCAAUCCUCGCCAGCAUUUGGUAAAUAUGGCACAGCAGCAGCAUAGCUGGGAUGGCGGCGAUGCCUCUGCCGGCACGGGCUAUGGCGUUCAUGGACAUACACCUACACAUACACACACACACACACAUGGUGGACACAAGACGCCAGCGCGUGCGGCCAGCAAUCCGUUGCCGUAUAAAGGCGCCACGCCCAAAUCGCCCAGAAGCUACCAUGCGGCGCCGCCCUCGGUCUAUGCCACGCCCACACAGUCAAGUAGCAACUAUGCCUAUGGCAGCUAUGAUCCGCCGCCGCCGCGCAGCCCGAAGAUAACGACAACCUAUGCGAAUGACAGCUGCGAUGAGGGAAGCAGCUCCACGCCCUCCUCAUACUAUCAGACGCCCACCUCGGGCUCCAUGGACGAUUCCUGUUCGCUGCUCAGCGGUCAAGCGACGCGCAGUCCCAAAUCGCCAUGCAAAUUUGUUUUCGAUGCGGUCAGUCCAGGCGCUGGCAUGGAUCAGUCAGCCUUGGGCAAGAAAUUCGAGUAUUAUGAGCCCAUAUCGCCGGACGAUGGCUCGCUGUACUAUGAGCCGCCCAGCUCGCCGCGUCGUCAGGGCUCCAAGAAGCUAAUGCGGGCACAGCCUCAGCAGCUGGAGCAGCGGCCGCAGUUGACCACCAGUCAAGGCAGCAGCAAGCGGCGGCGGGAUGAAUGGGAGCUGCCGGUCAUAACGAAAAUCGAUGCACGUUGCCUGAAUGCAACGGCAGCGGCAGCAGCAGCAGGUAUAUCCACGGGCUACUCAAGUGGCGGCAACAGCGGCAGCUAUUUUACCCUGAAGCGGGACUCGUGCGUCACAGAGUGCACACAGCUGUCAAUGGAGUCGGGAGAGACCCAGACACAGCACACGAACAGCACGCUGGUGACCACCACCACCACCACCAGUUUCAGCUACACGGACACGGAUGCCGGCGGACAACAGCAACAGCAGCAGCAUCAACUGCAUCGCCAGCGCCGUCAUGCCAUUAACAUCACCUCGAAUCCAGGGUAUCAGGUGCUGCACAGCUCACACUCCACCUUGGAUCGCACCUGCUCGGACAGCGUUGUCUCGCUGCGCUAUCGCAAAUCUACAAGUGACCUGACCCAGGAUGCCGAGCAUGAGCUCAGCGGCUGUAAGCCGUCUAAGCCCAAGCGGGAUGCGGUCGAGUACAAGCCGCGGCGCAGGGGCAGCUCCAAGGGUGGACUUGCCUACUUGGCCAGUCGGCGCAGCUCACGCGAGUCCAUGAAGAGCGCCUGCUCCAAUACUUCCAUUUUCUCCAACGAUGACAUCGGACCGUUGGCCUUCCAGAGCUCCAAUCGCGGACGACAGCGACGCACCUCCAACUUUUUGGAGCUACCAGUUCCCGAUCAUGUACGCCCGCGCGUAUGCUCGCUGCCGGAGCGCCCGUACAAUCCACGGGCCAGCGAUGAUCUCUAUCGACUGCGACAUUUCUCCAUCAGCAAAGGCAACGUGGUCAAUUGUGGGGACUCGAUAAUUUCGCGCCGUUCGCGCAGCAACACAAGUGUCAAUUCCACCAACAGUCGGGCCAGCGAACGUUCACCGUUUGAGGGCAGCUGCUGUGGUGCGGGCUAUGCGAACGUGGACUCGCUGCCCGCCUCGCCGGAUGAAUCGGAGAAUAUGGAGCCGCCACCGCCGGCACGCUAUCGUGUCGUCAUGCUGGGCGAUGCGGGCGUGGGCAAAACGGCGCUGGUCAAUCAAUUCAUGACCUCGGAGUAUAUGCACACCUACGAUGCGAGCCUAGUUUUAGACGAUGAGUUCGGCGAGAAGACGGUCAGCGUGCUGCUCGAUGAUGAGGAAUCCGACAUGGUUUUUAUCGAUCAUCCCAGCGUUGAGAUGAGCGUGGAGAAUUCCCUCUCCACCUAUGAGCCGCAUGGCUGCGUGGUGGUCUUCUCUGUGGUGGACAAGGGCUCCUUUCGCAUCGCCGAGGAGAUUAUCAACUAUUUGUGGCAGGAGAAUUACACCAAGGAUAAGGCGGUCAUACUUGUGGGCAACAAGGCAGACUUGGCUCGUGCGCGGCUUAUCACGACACAGGAGGGCAAAACAUUGGCCGCCUCACGCGAUGCCAAAUUUAUUGAGACGUCCAGCGGCAUACAGCACAAUGUCGAUGAGCUGCUCGUCGGUAUACUGAAGCAGAUGCGGCUAAAGGAGACGCGCGAGAAGAAAGCUACCUCAUCGAAGAUGAAAACCUCACGCACUCACAUUUCGCUGCAUCUGGCAAAGGAAAUCCUACAAAAAAUUUGCCUUAGCGACAUUUCCAAAUCCAAAAGCUGUGAAAAUCUUCAUGUGCUGUAAAAAACUUGGAAAAUUUGAAAGAGAAAAUUCCCCCAACAAGCAGGCGCAACAAAUCAAUAGCCGAAAAAAGAAAAUAAUAAUCAUAAACAGAGCUAAACAAAAAAUUAUUUUGCUAGCAUUUAAAAAUAUAAAAGUAUACAUAAAAAUAAAUAUAUGUAUACAAGCUCCCUAUAAAGCCCAUAUAUACCAUAUAAACCAUAUAUAUAUUCGUAUUAUAUAGCCAUUGCUCAGCUUGCAUGUUUUGAUGUUCUCUUUUUAAAGGCGUUUUUACGAGUAUUAUAAACAUAUACAAAUUAUUAUGAAUGUUGAGACAAGAAAAACAAAAUAUGUUACAGCCAAUUUGUGUACGAUAUAGACCUAUAGUAUAUGUAUGUAUAUGUGCGGGUUGUGUGUUAAAGUUGAGAACAGGUGUUGAGCAGAAAAUGUUAUAAAACACGUUGCAGACAAUUGGUAGUAUUUGCCAUAAUAUUUGGGCUCGUUUCUCAUGUGCUUGUCAAAGUUGACAAUUACUUGGGCAUAUUCUCAAAAUAGAUUCCGUUUUCUCAGCUUGCCGUUAAUUGAUUUGUGGGUUGGGAUUAACAACAAGCAUUAACGUUGGCAGGCAAAUGAGAAAAUUAAUUCAGGUUAAGCCUAAUUGAAAUUCUGGGAUAACUGCUAGUCAACUUAAGCUUUGAAGUAAACUGGGCUUACGCUGCUUUUAUUUUUAAACAGCUUACAUUGAAUUGACAGAAACAUGUGCAAAAUGAUGUAAAGCUUAAAAAAAAAACAAAAAGCAUGAGAAAAUUUGGGUAAAUUUGUGGUAAGCUUUUGGUCAACUGACCUGAACUUUGACAGGAUAAUAUAUUAACGUAUGUCAACUAAGCUCAUUUUAGAAAAUGAAGGUAACUAACAUGGACUUUGUCAUACGUUAAAUUGACUGUUAAUGAGCUGGUCUAAAACUCGCCAAGCUUCUGGUCAACUGACAAGAACUUAGGGGAAAUUGCUCUAGAUAAGCUUGGUUAAGAAAAUGGAAUAACUACUGAUUAACAAAGGUGAACUUGGCAGGAGUCAGAUAGGUAUUAGAUGAGUUGGCUUUAGCUUGUAGGUCAUUUAGAUAAACUUUGACAUAGGCAUAUUAGAAGGGCACUAAACGACCCACGCUCUGAAUCUAGAGUAUAUUCUAGUUAACUUAUAUUGACUUUUAUUACUGUAAAGAAGGCGUAAGUAGAGCUGAAUUAAAGCAGCGUAAUCUAUGGUCAAGUCACAUGAAUUUUGACAGGGACAUGGCCUAAAAGGAAACUAGAUUAGCUGACCUAAGGUUAGGUUUAAACAGAUUGCAGUAUAAUUUCGAUAUUUUAUACCUUUAAAAACUUAUCACAGACGCGUUGUUCGUACAAGGCCCCAGUCAGUGGCAUUUGGCUGGUGCGGUCAGGCCCCCGAUUUGGCGAUUGUAGCGUUUUGUUUAUAGCGGAUGUUUUGAUUGGUUUGCCAGUUAGACCCAGACAGCAGCAGGCAGCAGUUAUCGCCAGUUCGAGCGUCUGGCCUUGGCAUAGCCCCGAGCGCACCUACUUUUUGGUGCCAGAGCUGAUAACAGCCAGAAGCAGACGCGACGCGUGGCAUUAAGAAUUUUGCAAGAUGGGUUCUGGUGGGGAGUAUUGUUAGAUCUCGCACACAUAUACAUACAAUAUAAUUAAAUAUAAUUGUAUAUUUCUAUGUGUUCCGAUGCAAGACAAAAAUCUUUAAUUCAAUAAUGUGCUGUCAAUUUUUUUUCUUAAAAAAAAAAACAAAAAACAAAAAUAUGCUUCAACUAUAAUCCUGCAGAAAUAUUUAAGUACUUAUAUGAAUGUGUUUUAAGAAAAUUUACAUUGUUAGAUGUGUGUUUAACUAAACUGUAUAUUUAUGAUUAAGGCUCCUUUGAGUACUUAGACGACAAGCUUAAGGCAUAUAAUUAUAUAUGUAUAUUUUCAAAAAGAGCGCCAACUUUAUCAAAAUUUACUUGAAACUUGGUAAGCUACCAAAAGACACACACACACACAAACACACACAAAAUAAAAUCUCUUCCAAGCAAACAAAAUACAAAUGCAAAUGAAACUCAUAUCGGAAUGACUGUUAAAUGUUGACUGUUGUUUAUUAACUAAGCCUAAAAUGUUACUGAAUUUAGUAUAAAAAAAAAUAAUCAAAUGGAAAAACUCUAUAUAUAUAUAUCUAUAUAUACAUACAUAUAUUUAUGUACCUCUCUUUUAGAAUAUCUAAUGCGAAAUGUUUAAGAAAAAUAUUUACACUGCGGCUGCCUGCUGUCUUUCUAUCCUCUUAACUCAUGCGCUUAAAUAUAAAUAUAUAUAUAUAUAUAUACGUAAGUCAGAGUUCUAUUUGUAAGUACUUUAACUAACACACAUAUAGACACACACACAUUUAACUAUUUUCGUAUUCGCACAUUGUAUAUGGAGCUAACGAGCAGCUGCUUGCCACAGGACUAGCCAGGACUUUGGCUUUGUUUAACCUUCACUCACAGCUUUCUCAAGUGCACUUUAUCAUUUGGCAGACAAUCACACAAACACACACACAAAUGCACUGGCUCAACUUUAAUGUUGAUUCGACUGCAGCUGAAAAUGAAAAUAUGAAAAUAAAAAGUUUCGCUUGGCCCAACUUUUAAUUUGCAGCAGUUGGCAAAGUGCGCAACAAAAAGCAACGACAACAACCACAACACAAACACACACAAAAGCAGCGCUAAAACCUAAAAACUCAACGAAAUAAAAAAAGAGCAAAAAAAAAUACCAUAUAAAUAUAUGAACAAACAAGGCGUAUACGCAAUCUGCAUCGCGCAUACGCUGCGUGUGACGUCCCAAGCGGCGGCUUUAAAUUUGAUUUACGCAAAAAGAAAAACUCUCUCGCUAAGCAUAAAUUCAAAUCAAAGCUAACUAAAUGCCCACCGAAUUUAUUGUGUACUCUUACAAUAUAUGUACAUAUACAUAUAUGUAUUUGUGUAAAACUGAAAACAACCUUUGAACAUUUAUCUAAGCAUUCAAUUAAUUAAUCUAGUAUAUAUCGCGCUAUCGAAAGAGCCUCAAGGCUGAGGUCAGAGUGGAAGCGAGAAGCGUAGCGCUAAAUGAAGAAGUAAAGAGAAGCAAAAGAGGGUGUCGAAGCGCAGUGAAAGGAACACUGAAGAAAGAAGAGAAUAACCUAAGAAAAGGCGUUUGAAAAAGUUUUGCAAGGCACAUGGAAAAAAAGUAACAGAAGGGAGAAGCGCGAUAAGAAGUAAACUCUACUGUUCUGAUUGAAGAACCAUUAAACUUGCUGUGCUCAGCACAUUUUAAAGACAUUCAAAUAAACAAGAAAAAGUUAUAUGCUACUUUAAUUGCUUCCUUCAGUUCUAAUCCUUUAAUCAGCUUAGCGCAGGAGAACAAAGGCAGAAGCGUAGCAACAAGUACAAUUUUUAUCGCAAUUGAAAUUGAUUUUAAGAGUACUUUUCCACCCAACGAAAUCUUAUGGCCCACAUCUCAAAUCACGCUGCGCAAAUCUAUUCGCUUCUCGCUGUCCAUCCGAACUCAGCCAAAGGCAUAACUGUAUAUACAUAUAUAUUUUUCCACUGCACACUAUGCAACAAGUAAAACUUUUGACAACUUGCAUAACUUAAUCAAAAUUAUGCAAUUACCAAAAACUCUGAAAUACAAUUUUUUUCGUAGCGCAGUUUACUGUCAAUUUCCAAAGCGCUUAAGCUACAUAACUUUCAACGAAUUUGUUGCAUAGUGUUUAAUGAAAUCAAAAAUGAAAUAUGGCAGAACUAAAAUAAAUUGAAGGAAAUGUGCUGAUGUCACAAAGCUGAGUCUGCAGAAAGUUACAAAAAUAAACUUUUCGAAGCGAACUUAACAUGGAGAUCAAAUGCAAUUUUUUACUGUUGUGAUCUGUCUCUGUCUCUGUCUCUAUAUCUGUCUCUGUCAAACACAAACUAUAUAAGCAUUAUAAAGGACAAAGCCACAAAA